AUUUGUGACUAUACAUCUUGUUACUUCCUUUUAUUUUGCAACAUUUUUCACUUCUGAAUCUGAGAAUAAGCUCCCUUCAUACAGGCGAGUGAAAACAUUCAGUUUAACACAUUCAUCGAUUUCCUUACAAGAUGGUGUUGAUCCUCAUGUCGACACUGCAGUUCACUGUUUUGCUUUUGCUGGUGGCUCUUUCUGAGUCGCAAACAUGUGAUGGUGUGAGGGGUUUUCCUGGAAGACCUGGUAUUCCAGGAGCCCAUGGUGCCGAUGGAAAGGACGGCCCAAAGGGGGAAAAAGGAGAUCGAGGUGAAGAUGGAGUCCCGGUCAUUGGGCCAAAAGGAGAGCCUGGACUUGCUGGAUUACCAGGUAGGGCUGGCACGUCGGGUGAUAAGGGGAUUCAAGGAAACCCAGGACGUCCGGGCCCGAAGGGAGAUAGGGGAGUUUUUACAGGCGAAAACAUUGUUCACCACCAUGACGUUUUCUCUUAUAAAAAACGUCCUUCUCAAUCUCGGAUUGUGCCCAACACAGAAAUAACCUUUGAUAUCCCAUUGAUCUUUAGUGAUAGUGAUGAUGACGCUUCCCUUCUCACUAAUGGUAUCUUCAGUGUACGAAUAGCUGGCAUGUAUUAUAUCAGCUACCAUGUAUCCUCCAAGAAUUCCUGUCUAAAAAUUCAGGUGGGGAAGGAAGAGAAGGUCAGGUUUUGUGAUGAACCUGAUGCUAUAUCGGUGUCCUCUGGUUCUGUGGUAUUGCCACUAAAGAUAGGAGACAUGGUGUCUGUACAGACUACAGAUCAUAGCCAAAUCUUUUGUAAAGACACUGACUGUAUCUUUACAGGUUUCUUACUCUUCGCAAUGUAAGAGUAACACAAAAAAAUAAUACAAAGCAUGCUAGUCAUCUUCAAGUUUUAUUUGUCAGAAAUUGCUUGGGAAUUUAUAGGAAUCAGAUGUAAUGUGUUGAUUAAAGCUUAACA